GGUCGGUGUGUGUGUGUUUUGCGCGUCACUGCACGUCUGUCUGCUCGGAGACUCUGGAGAACUCAAACACAUCAGUUUCUCUUUGUAGACCCUCCACAAUCCCAGCCUUUGAUCUCCAAUGACGACCUUCAGGAUCCUCCUUCUGAUAAUGACCUCGUCCUGCCUGCUGAUUGGCCGUGGGAGCUGUCAAUCAAACUCCUCUGUUGCGUCCGGCCGGCGUGAUCCUGCGGGGUCGUCGGGGCGCAUGACCUCUGACCUGCGGGCGCGACCUUUGCCCCCCGCCUGCCUGAGGAGGACGUACAUGGAGGGUGUGUUCAAGUACGUGAACACGCUGCUGUCCUGCACCAUCUUUGUGGUGGGAAUUGUGGGAAACGGGACGUUACUGAGGAUCAUCUGCCAGAACAGGAGCAUGAGGAACGGCCCCAACGCCCUGAUCGCCAGCCUCGCCCUCGGAGACCUCAUAUACAUCACCAUAGACAUCCCUAUCAAUGUGUACAAGCUGCUGGCAAUGCGGUGGCCGUUUGAUGACAGUGUGUUUGGUCUGUUCCUCUGUAAACUCAUGCCGUUCCUCCAGAAGGCUUCAGUGGGGAUAACAGUGCUCAAUCUGUGUGCGCUCAGUGUGGACAGGUACCGCGCUGUGGCCUCGUGGAACCGUGUUCAGGGCGUGGGGAUCCCGGUGUCCACAGCGCUGGAGAUCGUCUGUAUCUGGCUGCUGGCUGUGGUCCUGGCCGUCCCGGAAGCCAUCGGCUUCAAAAUGGUCAGUUUCGAGUACAAUAACGUGACCAUCCGCACCUGCAUGCUGAAGCCUGAGACGCCCUUCAUGACGUUCUACAGGGACGUGAAGGUGUGGUGGUUGUUUGGCUUUUAUUUCUGUGUGCCGCUGCUCUGUACGGCGGUGUUUUACACACUCAUGACCUGCGAGAUGCUCAGCAACAGGAAGGGCAGCCUGAAGUUCUCCCUGAGCGAACACCUCAAACAGAGGCGUGAGGUGGCCAAAGCCGUGUUCUCUCUGGUGCUGAUCUUCGCUCUCUGCUGGUUUCCUCUUCAUCUGAGCCGAAUCCUAAAGAAGAUGGUGUAUUUCCAGAACGACGUCGGCCGCUGCGACCUGCUCAAUUUCCUGCUGGUGUUCGAUUACCUGAGCAUUAAUCUGGCCACCAUCAACUCCUGCAUCAAUCCCAUCAUCCUCUACUUCGUCAGCAAGAAGUUCAAGAACUGCUUUCGGUCAUGUCUGUGCUGCUGGUGUUAUUCAGACGGGUCUCUGAUGGGCAGCGGCGCUCCGCUCAACGCCACUAGCCUUCAGUACAAGAGUCCAGAACACAACCAGCGCAAGGACAGCUACAACUGACACACACA